UGGAGGGCGGGGCGAGACGAGUGGAGCUGCUGUCCGUCAGUCCUCUGGUCUGGUUGAUCUGGAGACUGAAGUGCGUUUCGUGGGACGACAAGUCAGUUUUAACCGCGGCCUGCGCUCGGGCUCAGUGGAUCCUUACGGAAAUAAGUGCGAUUAACUCAGGGGUGAGAUCUUCAGGAUCAAUGUGAAAUUCUGGCGCGUGUGAAUCUAGAUAAACAGUGAUGACACAUCAGCUCUGGAAGGACUGAUUCACGAAUGGCAGGGUUGUUGAGAUCAUCUGGUUAACCUCAGUAAUGGAUCCCAUGUCCGUGAGCACGUCGGUAACCGGUCAGGAUGAGUUCGACCGCAACGCUCCGCGGAUCUGCGGCGUUUGUGGAGAUAAAGCUACCGGAUUUCACUUUAAUGCCAUGACCUGCGAGGGCUGUAAGGGCUUUUUCAGGCGCAGUAUGAAGCGUAAGGCGAGCUUCACCUGUCCGUUUAAUGGAAACUGUACGAUCACCAAAGACAACCGGCGCCACUGUCAGGCCUGUCGUCUGAAGCGCUGUGUGGAUAUCGGCAUGAUGAAGGAAUUCAUCCUAACAGAUGAGGAAGUUCAGAGGAAGAAGGAUCUCAUCCUGAAGAGAAAGGAGGAGGAGGCGCAACGGGAGGCUCGGAAGCCUCGUCUGAAUGAGGAGCAGAUGCAGAUCAUAAACUCUCUGGUGGAGGCGCAUCACAAGACUUACGACGACUCGUACUCUGAUUUUGUGCGCUUUAGGCCUCCGGUUAGAGAAGGUCCCGUCACCCGCAGUGCCAGUCGUGCUGCAUCUCUUCACUCGCUGUCAGAUGCUUCAUCAGAUUCAUUCAACCAUUCACCAGAGUCUGUUGACACGAAGCUAAAUUUUAGCAGUCUUUUAAUGAUGUAUCAGGAGAACGGUGGAAGUCCAGACUCUGGUGAGGACGACCCCGCUCGUCUGUCCAUGUUGCCUCACCUGGCUGAUCUGGUGAGCUACAGCAUUCAGAAAGUCAUUGGAUUCGCCAAGAUGAUCCCUGGAUUCAGGGACCUUACGGCAGAAGAUCAGAUCGCUCUUUUGAAGUCCAGUGCUAUUGAGAUCAUCAUGUUGAGAUCCAAUCAGUCCUUCAGUCUGGAGGAUAUGAGCUGGAGCUGUGGAGGACCGGACUUUAAAUACUGCAUCAAUGAUGUCACCAAAGCGGGUCACACUGUGGAGCUGUUGGAGCCGCUGGUGAAGUUUCAAGUGGGUCUGAAGAAACUCAAUCUUCAUGAAGAAGAACAUGUGCUCCUCAUGGCCAUCUGCCUCCUCUCACCAGAUCGUCCGGGCGUUCAGGACCACGCACGCAUUGAAAGUCUGCAGGAUCGUCUGUGCGACGUUCUGCAGGCUUACAUCCGGAUCAAUCACUCCGGCGGCCGUCUCCUGUACGCAAAGAUGAUCCAGAAACUGGCGGACCUGCGCAGUCUGAACGAGGAGCACUCGAAGCAGUACCGCUCGCUCUCCUUUCAGCCUGAACACAGCAUGCAGCUCACACCUCUGGUGCUGGAGGUGUUCGGGAGCGAGGUGUCCUAGCAUGCGGGAGCCCCCCGGAAAGCUCGGGAAACGACCGCGCACACGCUUGGCACGAUAGAGAAGUUUAGUGGAGUGUCGUGAUUCAUGCUGCGGGGGGCUGUAGGUUGUGUGUGUGUGUGUGUGUGUGUGUGUGUGUACAGUGAGGGUGAUGCACAGUUCUGGAAUUUGUUUUGGAAUUCCUGUCUAAGCUAAAGGGAAUUUUGAAAGGAAUGUAUUAAUAAUGUAUGAAUAUAACAAUACAUAUAAAAACUAAUAUUUAUAUUUAAAAGAGAGUCAGUUUGUAUUAAAUAGGCAGGCGAUAGUGUAUGUAUGCGUGUGCGUGUGCGAGUGUGCAUGCAUGCAUUAGUGAUCGACCAAUAUCUGCUUUUUAUGACAAUGAUGAUAAUGACAUCAGCAGGAAAGCCAGUGGUUGAUAAAAUGAUGAUUUUAUUCAUUAAACAAUUUAUUAGCAUACAGGAUGUGCACAGAAAUUCUCAAAUGAUCCGAGUACUUAUUUUUACUAAAAACAUUUGAAACACUUACACUACCAGUCAAAAAUGUUGGACGUUGUUUCAACAAAUUAAUUAUUUUAAAAGCUUCUGAAAUGCUUAAAAAAUUGUUUGGUAAGCAAAUAAAAUGCUAAACACUUUACAAUAAGGUUGUAUUAGUUAACAUUUGUAAAUGCAUUAGCUAACAUGAACAAACAAUAAACAGUAUAGUUUUUCAGCAUGUAUUAAUUAUUGUUAAUGUUAGUUAAUGUCAAUGCAGUUAUUCAUGUUAACAGUUGCAACCAUUGACUUUAUAAAUGCAUUAGAAAAUGCCGAAAUUAACAUGCUAAUUAUUUUUUAACUAAUGCAUUAACUAAUUGUUAACAAAUGCAAUCUUAUUGUAAACUGUUACCAAUAAAUCUAUAAAUAUAUUUAGAAAAGUAGAAGGUGUUUAAAUGAAGUAAAGCACCUGAGAUCUUCUUCAAUACUAUUUAAAAUCAUCUCAAGAUUUUUAAAGCUCGGCGCUGUCGCGUGAGCAGGCCACCUGAGUUUACCUCAAUAUUUUGCAUAAAUUUUAAUCUAUCACGACAAACUAUAUACCAUUGGAAAUGUCUUAAGAAUGUAUUUUUUAUAUUUGAAAACCUUUUAGCAGUAAUAAUAAUGCAAUGACAGUCAUUUAUUAAUUUGUGACAAGAGUAUGCAGCAAACGUUGACACCUAGUGGCAGUUGUUGGUAAAACCACUAAAAGUGUAACACAAACCUUAUUUUUUGUGAUAAUUUAUAUAUAAAAUAUUACAUUAUUGCAUUUUUUUAUUACAAUAAAUGUAAACUUCUAUAACAAAGUUUUUAUUUAAUAUUUUCACAUUUUAAUAUUUUCAAUAACUUUAAAGUGUCUUUUUUAAAACAGACCAAGAUUAGGCUUCUAGAUGAAAAAAAUGCCAGAGUUAUAUUACUUUAAAGAUGUACAUCACCUAAAGGGCUGCGCUAGUUAAUGGAUUUAUAAGAUGACCUAAAGACAUUUAUCUAAAAUAUAUUUUAUUUCAUUUCACUUCAUAUUUCUUUGAUUUUAUUUCUUUGAUUUUAUAAUGGGAUAAUAAUCAAAAUAACUGUGUCCAAACUUUUCGCUGGUAGUGUAUGUUGAUCUAAAAUAUGCAUUAUUAUCAUCAUUAUUAUUUAAACAGAUAAAAUACCACUACAGUUUAUCCAUCAAAUGUUUAUUGGUCAAUAGAUUUAUUGCUCCAUCACUUGAAUGCAUGCUUGUAUUUCAUAAGUAAACUUGUAUUUGAGAGACACACACACACAGAAACACAUUUAUACGAGAAGAGGACCGGCUGAUCUAUUGAUGUGAUCUUUAUAUAGCCUAGAUCAGAUCCCAGAUGACCACAAGAGAGCAAAACACAAACCCUCAGAUUUAAUAUUCAUAACAAAGCCACACGGCCGCUUCAGUCCCAGAUAAUCUCUUUAAAUAUCUUAUUUCACAUCUCCGUGUGUUUAUGAAUCCACUAUGUGAUGUUAUAAUGUGCUUUGUGGAGCUGUUAGCAUACAAAUAACGCCUAUAAAUCGUCAAUAACCCCUCAAAGUAUACCGUAGAUCUCUAUUUGAAACACUUUUUUGUUUUGUCUGUUGUGACGGCCACAUGAAUCGAGCCUCAAGCAGCACAAACUCCAUCGUAUGUAUGCGACAUUUCAUGAGACAAUGUACGUAAAGAUGAUCUGGAUGUAAAUGUCAUCGAUCGAAUGGUUUUGGUAACCGUUGUGUUACCUACUCAUUCCAGCCGGAUCACCGCUGCUCUCUUGUGGUCAUAAGCUGUAAAUACCACUCGUAUCAUUUCUGUAAAUAUGUCUAAUAAACCGAAUAGGCUAACACUAAGUCAGUUAAUCAGUUUCAAACGAGCUUGGGAGAUAUAUGCAAAUUUUUGUGUCUUUUCAUAAGCUUUUACGACUGUAUCUAUCUUUAACGCUUUUGGGUGCGGAUUUAUUUUAACGAUUCUCGUCGCUUUAGUUUUGUACGGAUUUCGAGACAUCAAACUGGACUUUUUUUGUUGUUGUUUUUUCUGCAAAGACAUCUCAACUCAACCAGGUUGCUGCUGAGCUGCUUUUUCUGCGAUCUUCUCGAACCUCAGACGGACACAAAAAAUUAACCGCUGCUUUCAAACGCUGCUUCAAACCAGCCGACCACACACAUGUACAGUUUCAGGUGACGGUCCGCACACAGGACCCGUCGAAGCUUUAACAUUACUGCAGGUGAAGCCGAAUGUGGGCUGCUAACAGAUACGGCGCUCCGCUGUGCUUGUGAACGUAGGAUCAUUCAGGAAAGUUGACUCGAUCGGAUGUUUUGAAUGUCUGGAGAACGUCUGGAUGUUGGAUAUUUACAAUGGACUUAUUGUUAAUCUACUGGACUGUCUCAUGCACGAUGGAUUGGUUCACAAAUAUCAUGUAUAUACCAGUUACGAUAAGCUUGUGUACAAUAGUUUUAAAGCUAAGGAACAUUGCCCUACUGUCAGAAGAUAAUCAGGUUCAUAUCGCUCAAUGUCUGUCAUUUUAAGUCAAAUGAAAAUCCCCUUCACCCCCAGAUGACCACCUCUGCCCCUGUAGCCAGCGUAAAACAGUGGACACACGAGCUCAGUCGCUCACAACCGAUCAACAAGGGAAUACGAUGCACGAUGGAUUCACCUCACUGUGGGUUCAACAGAUACACAAGCGUUUCUUAUCUUGGCUUUUUGAGGCAUCCGAAGGAAACGUUUGGAAAUCCGGCGGUCCUUCUUUGGUAUUUUAUUUAAGGGGAAAGUCGUUUUCAACGUACAGGACUUCUCCAGGUUGUCUAUGCACUUUGGAUGGGUUGAUUUGAGUCGCAGUGAAAGCCGAUGGUCUGUUUUUGGUCGAUUUCGUAGGUGAAUCGUUCAGAUGAUGGAGUUUCUUCUCCUCUGUGCCAUUUCUGUGUUGGAUGUUAACAGACCAAAGCUUCAGCUGUAGUGUAUUGAGGUGUGUUGAGUGUUUGGUCCUGGUACUACAUGGCUAGACUGAAGAAAUCCCGCUGACUCAAUACACCAUAAAUAGAAUUGCAUUGGGAAAUUUUAAGAUGAGCACGAUCCAGCAUGAUCUCACGAAAAUUUGUACGUAUCGGGUUGCCUAAUUCGUAUGAAUUCGUACAAAGUGAAUCACACAAAAACAGAAUUAUCCUAAAAUAACAUAAAAUAAUAAUAAAAAUGUGGUCGUACGACUUAGCCAUCUUGUAAAAUACGUACGAAUUAUCAUUAAAUAUCAUUGAGAUUUCACCUUUACAUGAAUGCAUUUGGCAGACACUUUUAUGUAAAGUGACUUAGUGUGUUUUUACACCCAUAGAUUGAUUUGCUUAGUUACAAUUUCGGGGGUUAAAUCGUUACAAUGUUGCAAUUCUUCUUGGUUCAAAGUUUUCGACUAUAUGCGGCGCUGCAAAGACCAAUGUCUUUUGUGGUAAUUUGAUGUCAUCUGCCUGCGGGUUCUUGCAUGAUGUCAAACACGCCUAAUAUUUUCAUUUAUAUAAACUAGUUACGUGCGGGUAAACUCGUCUUUAAUUGCUCAGAUCCACUGUUUAUUUUGCACAUGAUUUAAAGUUUUGUCAGGACAAAAUUAUUAGGGGGCGUGCACACCAAAGCUUUUAUGCCCACGGCCAGCGCAUGUUUUCAAUUGUUUCCAAUGGAAGUGCUGCGUUUUUCAAACGUUUUUUUCCGUGCUGAAAGCCGGCGCUCGCGGUUUUUCCGCACUCAGCGCUGAGCAUCGAAAGUUGAAAGAGAUUCAACUUUGGGUGAAAAGCUCCGCUCGUUAAUGUCAGUUUUCACAGGGCCAUCCAAUCACAGUGGAGGAGGGGCGGGACAAAUAUCAAAACAACCAUCCGGCUCACAGCUCAAGUAUCACAGCUACCAAAAUGCCAGCUGAAGAAAGCUGGGGCUCAGCUGAAAAACAGCUGGCAUUUGGCGUCCUCAAGUCAGUUUCAGCCGCGUAAAAAAGCUUUGGUGUGUCCCACCCCUUACUGUGCCUAUUGCGAAGAAGAGCAGUUAGUCGACAUUUUAAUAUAAAAAGGCGCUUUGCUAUUUUAGUGCUCACAAGAACUUGUCACCAAAUAACUUUCAGAUCUCUUCAUGGCUAAUAAAGCCCCUAACAAAUAAUAACUCAAGCGAGUUAUUCAGAAACGAGUCGGUAUAAGAGUCAGCAUGCUGCGCACUAAUAGCGAUAUAAUAAUUUAACAGGUGUACAUUUGUGAUGCAGUCUGGUUUAUUGGUCCGUUGCUUUCUCACCAAAAGCAAACUGCUACAGUUUAUAUGCAGUCUUGUCAAUUUUUUUGGUGUGGACCCACGCAUGAUUGCUGUGUUCACAUAUGGGUGAUUCUCAUGAAAUCCAGAUUUAGAAGAUGUCCAGCAUCAGAAUUUUUAAAAAGCCUUUGAAGCCAAUUUUUUUUGCACAUAUAAGAUUAAGGUCUGAACUUCCUAUAACCAUUAUUUUUAGAGGAUUUAAAAAUAUUUCCUAUAGAAUUAUUAAAAUUUUUAAGAUUAUCAUUAUCAAAAAUUAUCAUUACCGCAACAUGAUAUUACAUUAAUAUAUGCAUUUACAAACUCAUGUUUCGGUAAUGAGAACUAAAAAGUUGUCUAGGUACGAUGACAAACAAAAUUAUAAAUAUUUCCAUGUCAAAGAACCCAAAUCCAGUCAUGGACACGUUGCGGUAAUGACAAUGUUCCCCUUAAAUGUGGGAAAAAAACACAAAAUUGGUUUGUAAGAUGUUAUUUGAAAUCCAAUAGUACAUGAAGAGAUGUUUGUAACUGUAUGCUUCUUAUUUUGAUAGCAUUUACUUUUUUAUCAAAAUGUUUCAUGACACCUCAUAGGUCUAAUUUCGCGAGAAUUACCCACAAACUGAACCAAAUGAGAAAACGUAACCCGUUCUGAAACAAACGCUCGGGUGUGAAAACACAAAGUGCAUUCAAGCUUUACAAUUUUAUCAGUUGCGUGUUCCCUUUACGCUGCUAACACAAUAAUUGAGCUACGGGAACACUGCAGGAAAUUACAAAAUACCUAACAUGAAAAAGUCUUUGAGUCACCGGUGUAUUUCUUCAGUCUAGCUGGGUUGUGGGUGAAGUGUUGAGUACACUCUUAAAAAUAAAGGUCCUAUAGGAAUUUUUUGGCCAACAAAAACAGCUUUAUUUUUAAGAGCGCAUCUGUUGAUUGUUUAAGGAAAACACAAACCACCAGGUGCCGUUGUUAACCAAAAUGAACUACCUCUCUCUCUCUUUCUCUCUCUCUCGUUCGUUCACACAUGUAAUCAUUACUCCAUUUCAUGUUUGUCUAUUUUUUGUAAAGAAACACUAAAUCCUUUGGUUAUUUAUUCCUCGCCGACUCAAAUGCUGGACUGUUUACCUCAGACCCGUAUAAGCCUUCAGUUAAAACAGUGCUGUACUGCUUGUCGCCAAAAUCCUAAUAUAUAUCGCUCUCAUGCCAACAAUAUUGAUGCUUUUUGCGAGUUGGCCAGUGUAGUACACGCACGUCUCCGAGAUGCAUGUUAAAGAGCGCUGUGUUUUUGUACAAUCUGUCGAAUAUCGUCCGCAGCGAUGUCUCUACGCAUGGAGAUCUUGGGUGUGCCAUCUGGGCCGCUAGUCAUUCGUUCGUAUGCAGAAUGUCAAAGCGUUGACAGCUAAGCUAGCUAAUCCCAAAGUAUGUACACAAUUAUAAGCUGGCAUUGUUAGGUACAUUUAGAAGCACUGUCUGUUUUACAUCACUAUCAUAUAUAUAUAUGCUGUCAUUUAUUAAUGGAGUACAUAUGUUUAAUACAUUAAAAAAAGACCAUUACAGAUGUUUGCUUUCUAUAAUUCUUACAGAUUCUUGUCUUUAGUUUGUGCAUCUUUCUGUCUCUUUCUCAGUGUUAUGUAAAGAUACUCGCUGAUUUGUAACAUCCCAAACCUUCAGCAUUAAAGGAUCUCACCGCUCUCCGGUCAGUCACUGUGUGCGAUAUUGACACACAAAAUGUUUUAUUUUAUUUUAAAGCAAUGGGGUUUUAAUCAUCAUAGGGUCCCAAUAUUAAAGUUUAACAGUUUGUGAUCUUUACACGUCCCUCAAUCUCUAGAUUCUACACGCAUGAUGAUCUCAUCCAUGAAACCCUCAUCUUGACCUCCUGUUUUGGACUGCUGACUGCUCGCACAUACAUAAAGAUUCACCAUGCACCAGCAUUUACUUUACAGACAGCAUUACUCUUACCCAGCAUAGAAGUUGUUGUGUUUAGUUAACUGCUAAACUAUUGAAACAGACCUCCGUGUGCCUCCACCCCAAAGCCUUAGUUUGGGAUCAGCAUUAUUAAGGAUAAAGACGUUCAGAUUGCUCGUUCAGAUUAGAUCAGAGAAAAAGAUCAAACAAACAAAGAUAAGAUCUGAACGAGCUCUGAACGGUUUCUCCGUGAUCCAAACGCACUCGUCUCAAACAGAUCAUGGGAAGUUUUUCAAUCUGGUGCCUUCAUUUCUCUGUUUACCAGCCCUGAUGAACUAAAUAUGCAGUUUUGUUUUACCGAGGUGACAUUAAAUGUGUUGAAGAAAUGCAGUAUUGAGCAGUUUGUUAAACGGUGACCUCAGUUAUCAAAAAUGAAUUAUGUUUGUUACUCAGUCUGUGAAGACGUUUUAGGGACGUUGAUGGUUCUCGUCUGUUUGAGACGGUUUGCAAGUUUGCUCACAUUCAGGUUACUCAGGAACCAUUUGACGCUCCACACCAGGAGAUCUGAAACCUUUACCAGAACUUGUAGUAUAGGUUUUGUGUUCAAAUUAAAUCCUUAUCGUUCGGCUCUUUAUAUGAGUUUAAACAAACAGAUCUCUCAAGUGAUGGAUUUCAGUUUGAAACCCCAGAAACAUGUCAUGAUACGAACCCAUUUCACGCCCUCACCUAUGAAAAUCAAAGCGCUGAUGUAAAGUUUCAUUGCUCUGUACAGUUGUUCACGCAGGGCAGGAGGUCCUGCAGUUUUGUCCUUUUUUUCAUUUGUGUUGAUGUCUCUUCUCUUCUUGAAUGUCCAUUACACAUUUAUUUUCUGCUUUCUGUGUAGUAAAUGAGAUGUUUUAAAAAACACCAAUAAACAGCUGUACAUACUGACGCAUAA